GUAAAACUAGACCGCUGUCCACACUCUACCGAGCCUGCUCCUUAUGAAACUGUCACGUGUUGUAAGAAAUUUCCCGAUAUUUAACCGUCAUUUUGUCUGUCGCUUUCAACUCUACUCACAAUGAAUAUACGAUGCGCAACGCCACAAGAUUUGAUGAACAUGCAGCAUUGCAACUUGUUGUGCUUACCAGAGAAUUACCAAAUGAAGUAUUACUUUUACCACGGACUUUCCUGGCCACAGCUGUCCUAUGUAGCAGAGGAUGAGAAGGGAAAAAUUGUUGGUUAUGUAUUGGCCAAGAUGGAGGAGGAACCUGAUGAGGCGGUUCAUGGUCACAUUACUUCUCUUGCUGUUAGAAGAUCCCACCGACGACUUGGUUUAGCACAAAAACUAAUGGAGCAGGCAUCACGAGCAAUGGUAGAAUGUUUCAAUGCACAGUACGUCUCUCUUCAUGUCAGAAAAAGCAAUCGUGCAGCACUUCAUCUCUACACAAUCACUCUAAAGUUUAGUAUUUCAGAGAUAGAACCUAAAUACUAUGCAGAUGGUGAAGAUGCCUAUGCAAUGAGGAGGGACUUGACUGGACUUAGCGUAGAGGAGCCAGUAGCAAAUCAAGCUAUCGAAGCCAACCAGUCGAAUAGCAAUGACAGCAAAGAUAUACAGGAAGUACAAGAUGGUGAUAACAAAGGAGAUGAUUUACUAGCUGAAGACAGAAUACCAGAAAACAAGUCAUGAGAUGUCUUGAUGCAGUCUUCAAAAUUCUGCAAAUUCUCAUGAUUUCCAACAGCCAAAUUACUAGUCUCAGUCAUUCAAAAUUCUUUUAAGAAUUUAAAAAUGGUUUUGAUUAGCCAGUACUGAGAUCCUUGAGGCAUUGACAAAAUAAAAAAGCACCAAAUGUAGAAAUGUAAUUUGUAGGUUUGAUUGACAGAGAUCAGAAAGUGAUUUAGCUGUUGAAAACUGUUGACGAAACCCAAUAAACAGAACAUUGAAAAUCACAGUUACAACCAAAGCAAAAAAGUACUAAAGGUGAGGCGAAACCCUAACAUGCCUUGAACUGAGUUAAAGAGAAGGAAUCCACUCCUUAUCGUGGGCGGUGAAUGUUGGUGCAACUCGGCUAUCAUUUCUCAGGACCUACUUUUGACUUCACGAUCAAGUUUAUAUGUUGAGAGUGUCUUUUCUAGUUAUAAGCUCAAAGUUGAUCUAGUGAAAUGCCAAAAAGACAGAGGGAAAAGAGUUUGAGCUUUAAGUUUUACUACCUACUUCUACUGCACUAGUGUAGGUAAAGUGCCUUUGCUAGCAGAAACUGUAAAAGAUGCAAAAUAAAAUACAACACACCAUGGUAAA